GUACCGAUGUACACAAGUACACAACAUCAGCGCCAGUCUUACCCCUCCGUCGUGCGUACGUGCGUUUUACUGGCGUCACUGUAAUUUUAAUUCGGAUUUCAGUUGUUUUUAUUCCUCUCGAUAAAAUAAAUUAUAAAAAUAAUCUAAUAAUAAUAAUAUAGUAUAUAGCGUACGUAUUGUGUUUUUUUGUUUUGUUUUUAUUAACGGCUUAAAGGUAUCGCUUUUUAGUUGUUUUUUUACUCGUCGCGAAAAAGUGCGUCUGUGGCUUGUGCGCGCCCAACGAUGUUGUUUUGUUAUUUUAAUAGUAUAAAAAUUAUAUUAUCACGAUCGUGAUAGUUGUCUAAAGUUUAAAUUUAUUUUAUCGCCGUGUGAAUGUGCUACGAGUGCUUUCUAUCAUACGUAUAGGUAAUCAUUAUAUGUAAAGCAUACUACGUAUUUUUAAUGAUGCGUUACGUGCUUUAUUGUGGUGACCGAUCAGAAAGCUGAUGGGUACUUGGGCAGCUGUGACUUAAACGAAAUCCACGACAGUUGGUCAAAAAUUUUGAUGAGUGUCAAAAGUCAUGCAGAAAAUCAAAGGGAUAUGUUUGGAACAUCCGUCAUGCGUCGGUCAUACUCUACCAUAUCAACUGUGCAGUGAUGGUAGCUGCGGUAGCAUAUUCGGACAAGGAAAAGCCUCCAUGAAUAAUCUGAAAAAUGCCUCGCUCUGCCUUUACGCACUUUAUGUCGGUCAUCUGAUACGGCAUGACGACCGAGUCAACCGACCAGCCACUGCAAUCUGCUGGGCCCUUGUUCACAGACCCAAACACCCGAUAUCGGUGCAAGUCUAAUGAUCCGUCUUGUAGUCAUGGCGUCGUCGCUCGACCGACGACUGCCGUUAACAUGAACCAAGUGCCGAAAGGUUACUGUUACUCGACCGAUAAUAAUCAAAUUGUUAACAGUGAGUGUGAUAAAACUUAUCACUGUCCUAACUCAACUGCAGUUGUCACAUUGACAAAUAACAUUGUUUCAACCCCAGCAGCUUUUGUAUCUUCAAUUACUGUACCAGUAGGAUGGAGAAGAAUUCAUAAUAAAGGAGUUAUAAAUUAUAUAAGUCCUAGCAACGCAGUUCUAAAUUCAUUGGAUCAAGCUAAAAUAUAUUUGCAAACUCAGGGUACAUGCAAAUGUGGACUUGAAUGCCCUUUUCAGUGUGAACACGUUUUUAAUUUUGACGCAAAGGUAAUGACGAAACCUACGUCUGGCCUCAACACUAUGACCAAUCUCUGUAAUCACAAGAGGAAAAUCAUGUUUAACAAUUCUGAAAAUAGAUUUAGCAAAUAUUCCUUAGAAAUGGCAGAAAAUCGAAGAAAACGAAAACUUUCUGGUGUCCAGCAACAAUAUUCAUUUCCUCCUUAUGAAUGUGAAAAAUCUGGAAAAGAAAACUUUUCUCAAGUUUCGAAUUCUCAUCAAAUGCAAUGGCCAGAUCAAUCUGCUGUUUCUAGUCAAAUAAGAUUUUCAUCUCAAGGAACAUCCGCAAUGUCAAAUCCUCAAUCUCCACAACCUAUGUUAAAUACUCAAGGACCAGAAAUAAUGCCGCAAGGUAUGCAGCAUGUGGUACCAAAUCCUCAAAUCCCACCAAUACUAAACCAAAGUUCAUCUGUGAUGUCAAAUUCCCAAGGACCAAUUUUGCCUAAUUCUCAAAGUGCAAUGAUGUCAAAUCUUCAAGGACCUGUGAUGCCCAAUUCUCAAGAAACAGUAAUGCCUAAUCCUCAAGGAACAAUGAUACCAAAUACCCAAUCCCAAUCAAUGAGUUUGGGAAAUCCAAGAGUUCCUCACUAUCCAAAUCAUUCAUACCAGCAAGACUUAGGAUAUGAACAAUCAUAUCGAAAUGGUUAUAGGUAUAACUCCCCUCAAUGUAGAUCUCAUGAAACAACUGCGUUACAACCGGACUCUUCAUGUCAGCCACAUCACCAACAAUACCAAAAUGAUAUGACAUCACAAGAUUAUUAUCAAAAAAAUACGCAUAGUAUGUACCAACCAGAACAGAUGCAAUAUAACAAUUAUGAUAGUCUAAGACCUCAAGGGAAUUGUCGCUUCAAUUGUUCUAGUCAUUGUGGACACUAUUGUAAUCCAGGUGAUCAAAAUCCUAGUUAUGGUAACCAAAUUAAUUCAUAUCAACAGCAACCGCAGUCACAGCCUGUACGACAGAAUGAAUCUACUACAAAUCAUGAAUAUUAUCCAGAAAUGUACCAAAAUCAAAAUAACUAUACAGACUCUUAUCCCGAUAAUAGAAACAGUACAACACAAGAAUAUCCAUCAGAAUAUGAAUAUGAGCCACAAUCUCAGUCACAGUGCCAUCAUAAUAUAGAUUCUAAUUUAAAAAAUAAUGUUUGUACUGUAAUUAAUAACCAAAGUCCUGUUGAAGUUCCAUUAAUAAGACCACAAACUUCACAGGUUAAACAAAUACAACAAUUAAAUACACAAAAUAUACAACAAUCAAUUACAAAACCAUCAAGGCCUCAACAUAGAUCAACACCUCCCUGGCAGCUUAACAAACACCAACAAUCAUCUCAUCAACAAGUACAGCAACAACAAAUACAACAACAACAACAAGUACAGCAACAGCAAAUACAACAACAACAAGUACAGCAACAACAAAUACAGCAACAACAAGUACAGCAACAACAAGUACAGCAACAACAAAUACAACAACAAGUACAGCAACAACAAAUACAACAACAACAAGUACAGCAACAACAAAUACAACAACAACAAGUACAGCAACAGCAAAUACAACAACAACAAGUACAACAACACCAAAUACAUCAACGACAAAUUCAACAACAACAAAUACAUCAACAACAAAUUCAGCAACAACAAAUUCAGCAACAACAAAUAUCGCAAAGAGAAAGUUCUAAACAAAUAGUUGAGGAUCGAGUGCCUCCCAUACAUCAUCAUAUUCCCCAAAUUUCUAGAGCAGAAGAAAAAAAUAGAAAGCCUCUUAAACUAUCUACUAAAACUGUUAAUUUUGGUAGAAAAUCAAAGUCUCCUUCUGAAGAAGACAGUUAUCCGUCAUUUUUAGAUGAUCCAAGUGGUUACUUAGCACAACAAACAGCUCUACUAAAUAAUACAAUAAGUACAAAUUCAUUUUCACCAUUAUCUCCUCCUGCAAGACCGUACAGACAAGAAAAACCUAGAUUCACUACAAAUGUUACUACAAUGGCUAGCGGUCGAACAGCUAGUUCAAAUACAAUUACUUCAGUACUAGCUGGUAGAACCAAUACAUCUGUGGUAACUGUGAACACGUCUGAAGACCAAGUAUUACCACCUAGUCAACAACAAUCUAUCAUGUCCAAAACCCCUCUAGAAAUGGUACAAAGUGUUGUAAGUAACAUACAAGUACCUACGUCUUCAGAAAAAUCUAGUAUUCAACCAAGCCAUAUAUUAUUAACAAGUAAUGGACAAUUUAUAAUGGCGUCAACUAAAAUACAAUCACCUAACACUUCCCAAGUUCUUUCGACAGUGCAACAACAACCUACUGUCCUUGUAAAUACUUUACAGGGAGGCCAAAGUACUUUACUACUUCAGCCAGGAAAUGUUAUGACAGUUGAUCAAGUCCAAGUACCGCAACUUGCUGUUGCCACAGGAAAUAUAGAUAAUAAUGGAGCAUUUUCACCUAGAGGAUCAAAUUUAUUAUCUCCGCCAGAUUCUAAACGUAAAACUAUUAAUUCUAAAAAACGAAAAUCACCACAAAUAUCUCCUAACCAGAACAAUUCUAGUGUAUUGUUACAACCUCAACAGCAAAACUAUAAUCAGCCUGUUGUUCAAACAUUAAUACUACCAAAUAAGACUACUCAAUAUGGUAACCAACAACUUAUAACAAAUGUCAUUCAACCUGUUAGUCUUGUUCAUAAUCUUCCAGCAAUUCAACAAUUCAUUGUACCAGCAAAUUUAGGUGGUGUAGUUAUGGCUGACAAUUCUAUACUACAAGAUACAAUGCAAUUAAAUGUUAUUACCCCAUUUUCUAAUACUGGUCAAAAUAUAUUACCUACGGGAAUGGUUUUAAGGACACCUCAAACUCAACAAAGACCACAACAAAGUAAUCAGUUUAUCGUAAAUAGUGUUGGCCAAUUGAGCCCUAUUUUAGCCAACUUAAGCCCUAAUCAAUCGCAAAAUCAAAAUAGGAAUCAGCAGCAAAAUGAUUAUAUACACGUUGUACCGUGUUCUAUUCAACAAAAUCAAGAAAACACCACUGUAGUUCAACAAAACACAACCAUUGUUCAACAACAGAUGACCAUGGUAUCUGGACAACAAGGCAACGAACAAGGAAAUUUAAUAAUAAAUGAAAAACAAGGUCAAAAUUAUAUUAUUGCCGAUAAUAAACAACAAGGGUUUAUUCUGAGUCCUAAAGAUAAGCAACAAUCGGGUGGUACACAUUUUAUUUUAAAUAAUAUGAAUUCUGAGAAGCAAACCCAAAGUUUUAUCAUUACUAGUCCAACUUCUGGCGAUAAGCAGCUUUGUGGAAACUUCAUUCUUGAAAAAACUAAUUCGUCAGGAAAUUUCAUUAUUGCCACAACAAAUUCUGAUAAGAAUUCAAAAUUUGCUAAGCACUCAGUGUCUACACAAACUGCUGCCGGACAACAAAUGUUACAGAUUUCAUCUACACCUGCUCUAAUUGUUGCUACGAACCGUAAUGCUUAUGUAGGUAGUCCACCUGAUACAACUACUUUAAGUCCUGUGAGUGGACAAAGUCCUUCAGCUAAACCAGAAAUGCCUUCGAGUUCUGUAACAGCUGACUUAGAUGCUGCAUUAUCACCAUCAUCAACAUUAUCUGAUAUACAAAAUAGGCAACCAAUGGUACAUUGUAUUUCAAGUAGCAACGUAGUGGAUUGGUCUGAUAAUUCAGCCGACGAAAGGAAGACUAUAUCCAAUGCUUCUGACUCACCAAACAUGUACUCCAUUGAACAUUCAUUUCCUAGAUGAUACAAUAUCAUAAACAAAUGUAUAGUACAUGGAAAUCCAACUACAAGGUAAAUGAUGCACAUAUUGGCCAUCAAAACAAGUUCCUAUUAAAACAAAUUAAAAUAUAAUGACAAUAUUAUGUUGUUUAUGAAAAAAUACAAUUUGUAAUUUUAAAAGCUAUAUAAUAUUUCCUAGAUUAGGUUAUUAUAUAUUAUUACAAUGUAAUAGUUCCUCUGGUUGAGGCAUUUUUAUAAAUAAUUAUUUUGUGUAUGUUAAUACUUUUUUUUAGAAAAAAUUAUCAAUCAUUUAACCGAAGUUCUUAAAAAUAUAUUCUUUUUAACUUGAUUCAAUUUUUUUGAAUAUAUUUUUCUAUUUCCUCAAUUCAUAAAUUUCCUAAAUUAUUACCUCAAGUAUAAUAGAAUAGCUUUUAAUAAGGUUAAAUUUUAAAUCUUAAUUAGUUAUUAAAUAACAUUUUUUUAUAUAAUACAUUUACUGUAUAUUUAAAAUUAUUGUUUUUAUUUGAUAAUAAUUAUAAUUUUAAAAGUAAAUUUAAAAUAUUAUUCAUUAAAUUAUUAGUCAAACAAAUUAGUUGUUAAUUUAAUUUUUAUGUUUAAUGAAUUAAGUUUAGAUAAAAUCUCAAAUAACAAGUUAUCCAUAAAUUUAUCAAAUUUUAUUUAAUAUAAGUAACAAUUGAAUUGAUAAACUAUUAAAAUUUCAAGUUCUUUAAAUAUUCUAUACUCCUUUGCCAAUAACCAAAUAAAAUAAUUGUUUUUAAGAACUUCAACAGCAAAUGAUUAGUAAUUUUUUUUAAUCUGAAUAAUAUUUAUUCUUUGUAUGUACUUAUUUAUGGUAAUGUAACAGAAAUUAUUGUUAAAAUUCUUAUCAUUUAAUUUGUAAUUCUUUAUAUUCACAGCUUACACAAAAUAAUUAAUAAUGUAAUAAUUAUAAAUUUUCAUUAUUUUUUGCUGUUAUAAUACACUCAAUUAUUGUCUGAUUUUUAAUUCAUCCUACUAUGAUUAUUUUAAGUCUAAUGGAUGUUUAUUGAAUUUACCAUCCAAUUUAUUAGAUUACUAGCUUAACUGUUACCUAUCUAAUCAUUGUAAACACACACACUUAUAUAUAUAUAUUAUUAAGUAUAAUAUGUAUAUGUAUAUACAUAUAACAUUAUGUAUAAUAUCAAAUUAACACCAUGGAUGUUUGAUAAAUAAUGUUAAAUGAUAUUUGGAAUAACAUUUUUGACAUUUUAUGUAAUAUUGAGACUUGAAAUUAUUGUAUUAUUUUUACUAAUUACAAAUUAUUUUUAAAAUGUAGACCAUUGGUUUUUGUAAAAUUUGAAAUUGUCUGGAAGAAUAAUUUUUCUAACAAUAUAAUGUAAGAUACAUCAUUUCAUUUUCUAAGUUAUUUUCAAAUAUCAACCGCAGAAAUAUUUUUUUUAAAUAAAGAAGAAAAUAUAAUGAUAUACUCUGUAUAAAUAUAUUAUAUGUAAAAUAUUAUGUAUAUAAUCGAAAUAUUCAAUUGUAUUAACAAAUACAAUGUAGACUGUAUAUUUUAUAUUUUUAAAAUCUAAUAAAAUGUUACUCGUUAGAACAUUACUAUUGUGUAUUAAAAUAAGAAAAUUAUUUAUUUAUUAAAUAUUAUUGACAAAUUAAUCGAAAACUGUGAUUUUAUGUUUCGUUUUAAAAUUAUUUUUUCUUAUAGUUUUUUUUUUUUUGUAUAUUACUGUUUUAUUAUUAUUUUUUUUCAUUUUUUGUUGCACGUUUAAAUUUUUUAAGUUUAUUUAUUACUUUAUUUUUUUUUUUAAAACUUGCUCCUUCUAUGAAUGAAUGUUUUAAUUAUGAUAUUUCACCUUCACAUAUAGUUUUACUUAAUUUAUUUGUAUUCUCAUCUUUAACUGACGAUACCUAUUAUCUUACAUACCAAAAUAUUAACUAUAGUCUAUAUUAAAAUAAGAAUCGUUAAAAGUUAUUGUUGAAGAAAUAAGUUGUACAGUUUUAUAUUUAAAAAAAAAAAGUGAAUAAUGAUGUAAAAAACUUGAUAUAUAUUCUGGAUUUUUUUUUUCAUAUUCUCAGUCCACACCUAUUUCAUUUAGUAUGGAAUUCAUAAUCUUUACAAAGAUAACAUGUGCUAAAAAAAUACACCUUAAAAAGUACCAACCAAAAAAUUAAAAAAUUAAACUAUAUGUAAUUGAAUAAAUGAAGUGUACUGUUAUUUUUAAUUAUACAUAAUAUAUUAAUAUAAAUUGUUUUAA